AUGGAACAGCAAAACGUAACAGUACUGAAAGAAUUCAUUCUCAUGGGAAUCACAGACCGCCCUGAGCUGCAGGCCCCCUUCUUCGGGGUGUUCCUUGUCAUUUAUGCAGUCUCAGUGGUGGGCAACUUGGGCUUGAUUAUUCUCAGCAAGGUGGACUCCAGGCUGCAAACACCCAUGUACUUCUUCCUCACACACCUGGCAUUUACUGAUCUUGGUUAUUCGACUGCUGUAGGACCAAAAAUGCUAGUAACUUUGGUGGUAGAUCAACAUACAAUCUCCUAUAAUUGGUGUGCUACCCAACUCUCUUUCUUCAGUAUGUUUAUUACUAGCGAAAUUUUCCUUCUGUCAGCAAUGGCUUUUGACCGUUAUGUGGCCAUCUGCAACCCUCUGCUCUACACAGUCAUCAUGUCACCAGGAGUAUGCUGGGUGCUGGUAGCAGUCCCUUAUGUCUGCAGUGCCUUUCUCUCUCUGAUAACCACCAUAAAGAUUUCUAUUUCAUCCUUCUGUGGCUACAAUGUCAUUCGUCAUUUCUACUGUGGCAGCCUUCCCUUGUUAACUUUGCUGUGUUCAAGCACACGUGAAAUUGAGUUGAUAAUACUGAUCUUUUCAGAAUUCAAUUUGGUUUCGUCUCUUUCGAUAGUCCUUGUGUCUUACGUGCUGAUCCUUCUUGCCAUCUUCAGGAUGCACUCUGCAGAGGGUAGGCACAAGGCCUUCUCCACCUGUGGAUCGCACCUAACAGUGGUGGUCCUAUACUAUGGUACUCUCUUCUUUAUGUACACACAGCCCAAGUCCAAAUAUUCAUCUGAUACUGAUAGAAUCGCCUCUUUAUUUUACACUUUGGUGAUACCCAUGCUGAAUCCCAUGAUCUACAGUUUGAGGAACAAAGUGGUGAAAAAUGCCCUGACUAGAACCUGGAACAUGUGUGCCAAUAUCCUACUGAAAAUUCAUUGUAAGGUAUGCUAG